UAUGCAAAACGCUACCGUCUACGCUUCUUCUCUCUCCGUAUCCCCGGUAAAUUCUUCAGUCAAUUGUUCGUCACUCAAAUUUUUUUUUUCUUCAAUUUUUUAAUCCACGAACUCACUUCUUCUGCUACGGUCAAAUGCAAACCCUAACAAUCCCUGUAAUUUCUCAAUUGCAAUGACGAUCUCCUCAUCUCUGGUAGUUGGAAUGCACAUCAGAUAGAUGCCAGAUAAUGUGGAUAAUCUAUAUGAGUUUGUUGGUUCAACUUGGAGAAGCUGCUCGUUUUUAAGUAUUUCGCUUUGCAACUUACUUUCAAGGCAUUGCAGGGAUCUGGUUGGCUUUCCUUUCAAGAGUUCUUAUACUAAUAUUGCUGAAGCAGUUCGAAUAAAUUUCAUUGAAGGAAGGAAGAGGGACAAUUCAACACCAGUGUCUACGAUGAAUCUUAUAGAUAUCAGUUCUGACAGUGAUUUGAUGAUAGAUGAUGAUGAAGACUUUGACUUUGACUUUGACUCAUCACCUGUAAGGAGUUCUGCCGACUCUAGAAAACUUCCAUCUUGGGCUGUUACAGCUGACACCAAUGCCAGGAGUACGGGCUAUGGUGGGCAAACUCAAAAAGCUACAUCUCCAAAAAGAACGAAUGGUACUAAUGGGAGUGCAUCAAAUUGGCAUACUUCUCAAGCAGAUGAUUCUCUGCAUCUUAUAGAAAAUGGGAACGCGGGUCUUCCUCGGACUGUUAAUUCACGAAUUGCUAAUGUUUCCGGUAGAGAUUAUGAGAAACUUUCAUCUCAACAGGCUUUUAAGAGGACCCUUCCACCUUCUCUUCAUAGAUCUCCAAUCAGUAGUAAAUCGAACAACUUAGGAGAGGGUGCUAGCAGCAGCCACACUCGAGAUAUUUACGGAAAUACAUACCAUCCAGCAGUGCCAAGUUCAAGUCAUGGUAAGGGCUAUAUGAGGGACACCUACGGCAGAGGAAAUUAUGAGGAGAGUAUGAUGUAUGAAAACAAUGGAAGUAGGACACUACCUUCAUCUUUGAUGCAUGGAAAGUCUACACCUUUUGGACAAUUUGGUUCUAGUGACCCGUCAUACCGUCCCAUGGCUGGCGAAGAAGGGGUUGCUGGGAGUGAUGAGAGGCUGAUUUAUCAAGCAGCACUAGAGGAACUCAAUCAACCAAAAGUUGAAGCUAAUCUACCAGAUGGUCUGUUGUCUGUGCCUCUUCUAAGACACCAGAAGAUUGCAUUAGCGUGGAUGAUUCAGAAGGAAACAAGAAGCUUGCAUUGUUUAGGAGGAAUUCUAGCUGAUGAUCAGGGGCUUGGUAAAACUGUUUCAAUGAUUGCCCUCAUACAAUUGCAGAAGGCAUUGCAAAGAAAAUCAAAACCUGAAGAUCAAUCUAAUAAAAAAUCUGAAGCGUUAAAUUUAGAUGAUGAUGAUGAGAAUGAUCGUCCUGGUUUAGAUGAAGUUAAGCAAAGUAGAGACUCUGAUGAUAUCAAACCAGUUCCAGGAAAUAAUAUCAAGAGACGUAGGCCAGCUGCAGGUACACUGGUUGUGUGUCCAGCAAGUAUUCUCCGGCAAUGGGCCGGGGAAUUAAGAGACAAAGUUGCAGAUGAAGCUCAACUUUCUUAUCUUAUUUAUCAUGGAGGCACUCGGACAAAGGAUCCUGUUGAAGUGGCAAAGUAUGAUGUCAUUCUUACCACUUACGCCAUUGUAACUAAUGAAGUCCCAAAGCAACCUAUGGUUAAUGAGGAUGAGGCAGAUGAAAAGGAUGGGGAAAAGUUUGGAGUGUCUUCUGAAUUUGCAAUUAAUAAGAAGAGAAAGAAUACAGCUACAGCUAAUAAGAAGAGGAAGAAGGGUAGGAACGGAAUGGAUGGUUGUUCAAAUGAUUAUGAUAGUGGUCCACUUGCUAGGGUUAGUUGGUCUAGGGUGAUACUAGAUGAAGCUCAAACAAUAAAAAAUCAUCGAACACAAGUCGCUAGAGCUUGCUGCAGCCUUCGUGCCAAAACAAGGUGGUGCUUGUCUGGAACACCUAUUCAAAAUGCCGUUGAUGAUUUGUAUAGCUACUUCAGGUUUCUUAGAUAUGAACCUUAUGCUUUGUAUAAGUCAUUCUACACCACAAUAAAGGUUCCAAUAUCUAGAAAUUCAAUUCAAGGUUACAAGAAGCUACAAGCAGUUCUUAGGGCAGUAAUGCUGCGUCGUACAAAAGGAACACUGAUUGAUGGGGAACCCAUAGUAAAGUUACCACCAAAAACAAUUUGUUUGACAAAGGUAGACUUUUCGGCUGAGGAGCGGGCUUUCUAUACCCGUCUAGAAGCUGAUUCACGUUCUAAAUUCAAGGCUUAUGCUGCUGCUGGCACAUUGAACCAAAACUAUGCAAACAUUCUUUUGAUGCUUUUGCGACUUCGUCAGGCUUGUGACCACCCUCUUCUUGUAAAAGGUAUUAAUUCCGACUCCUUUGGAAAAGAUUCUGUAGAUAUGGCAAAGAGACUCCCUCAUGAUAUGGUGAUUAAUCUGCUGGAUUGCUUGGAAUCUUCUCUUGCCAUCUGUCAUGUGUGCAAUGAUCCACCUGAGAACCCUGUUGUUACCAUGUGUAGCCAUGUUUUCUGCUAUCAAUGUGUGUCAGAGCACUUGACUGGGGAUGAUAAUACCUGCCCUGCUAAUGGCUGUAAAGAACAGCUUGGUUCUGAUGUUGUUUUCUCUGAAGCUACUUUGAUAAGCUGUAUGUCUGACAAAAUUGAUGCUGGUCCUAAGCAUACUGGAUUCGAUGAUAGAUCAAUGGUCCUGCAGAAUGAUUAUAGUUCAUCAAAAAUUAGGGCAGUUAUUGAGAUCCUCCAGUCUCAUUUGAGGAGUCCAAGCCCGGAAUUAGAUGGUUCUGCAGGAUGUAAUGGACCACCAACGGCGGGACCAAAAAAAACAAUUAUUUUCUCGCAGUGGACAAGCAUGUUGGACCUGGUUGAGUUUUCACUGAAUCAGUUUUGUAUACAGUAUAGGAGGCUUGAUGGCACAAUGAGUUUGGCUGCAAGAGACAGGGCAGUGAAAGAUUUCAACAAUGAUCCUGAGGUGACUGUGAUGAUAAUGUCACUGAAAGCAGGAAAUCUUGGGUUGAACAUGGUUGCUGCGUGUCAUGUUAUUCUUUUGGAUCUAUGGUGGAAUCCAACAACUGAAGAUCAAGCUAUUGAUCGAGCACAUAGAAUUGGUCAGACUCGUCCUGUAACUGUAACCCGACUCACUGUUAAAGAUACAGUUGAAGACAGAAUAUUGGCUCUCCAGGAAGAAAAGAGAAGAAUGGUUGCAUCUGCAUUUGGCGAAGAUGGAAGUGGGGGCACAGUCACUCGCCUGACACCUGAAGACCUCAAAUAUUUAUUUAUGGGACACAGUGCUUAAUGAGCUUUCCGUCCAUAUGGCGAUAUAUGUUUAUGUAGGAGAUGUGUUUCAGGAGCGAAGAUGAUAGUUGACCAUUAAGGAUAGAGGAGGGAACCGGUGGCUGCACUUGUAAGGCCACGUAAGUUGUGGGUCGUUUUGAAACCAUGGGCAUGGUAAAUUUUUGGGUGGCAAUUGUUCUUCUUUUGUUUGUGUUUUUGUUUUUUUACCAUGUUCUGAGCCCUGAAAAAGGCAUUUUUGUUUGAUCAAGUGCAGCGGAAAGCCGGCUAAAGUCACCUGUAAAUAUACUUAAUUGUUAUUCUCUAGCAAAUAAUAUAGCAGUUAGUUCGUGUAGUCA